AUGGCUGCUGAAAAAUCUACUGGUCCAGGUAACGCAAAGAAAGGUUCCACCUUAUUUAAGACAAGAUGUCUGCAAUGCCACACCAUCGGUGAAGGUGAACCACAUAAAGUUGGUCCAAACUUACAUGGUAUUUUUGGUCGUCACUCAGGUAAGGCGGAAGGUUAUUCUUACACCGACGCUAAUAUUCAAAAGAAUGUUGAAUGGAAUGAGCAAACAAUGUCUGAUUAUCUAACAAACCCUAAGAAGUACAUACCUGGUACGAAGAUGGCAUUUGGUGGUUUAAGAAAGGAGAAGGAUAGAAAGGAUAUUAUUGCUUAUAUGAAGGAUGCUUCUAAAUAA